AUGCCACUAUCAUACAACUUCCCCAUAGUAUCAGUGAAAAACGUCUCAUUCUCGGCAUCACACACCCAGCUAUUUGAAACAUUUGCCCCAUUUGGCCGCAUAUAUCAAAUACGACACAACCCCAGUGAGAUGGGCCACUACUUUGUCAUUUUCUACAACUUAUCCCUGGCCCAGGCAGCAGCCAAGGAGUUGAAUGGGGUUAAUUUGGAAGGAAGGUAUCUUGUUACUUCGAUUCAUGGUGUUGAAAAGACAAAGAUUUAG